AUGGAUAGCCAAAUACCAAGUUCGACUAGCAAGACAAGUGACGGACAAAAGGUGCUGAGAAAACGCCUACGACUAAGUUGUGGAGAAUGCAGAAAAAAGAAACUUUCGUGUGAUCGUAGAUUACCUUGCCAAAGAUGUGUAAGAUCCGGACGAUCGGGACAAUGUUCAUUCGAAACAGGAAAGCCCUCUAUAACGAUGCAAAAGCAGCAGCGAGCUCAGUCUGAUAGCGAGGAAGUUCAAAAACUCCGGUCCGAGGUGAAGCAAUUGAGAGUAUUGCUGUCUAAGAUUCAUUCGCAAAAUGAAGCCACUACUGUGGCAGAGCCUGUGCCUGCUACUGGCGUCUCGGAAAUAAGCUAUGGGCUGCUAUCAGACAAGCGUUGCGAGGAGACUUAUGGAUCCAUUAUACCGACGGAUAAUGGCCUUAUUCAUCCGACCGCAAGAACUCCUUCUAGCUACUACAACCAACACCAUCUAUUUCGCUUCUUUGAAGAGAUUCCUGAACUCUUUCCGUUGAUGAAAGAAACGUAUGAAGAAUUCUUGCAACCUCAUGAGGAUCGCAUUAGAAAGGACAAGGCCGCUCGGAAUGAUUUACAAGCUCGUGUUAAUUAUUCGGCAGAGUGCCAGAUGGAGGAUAUUCUUCCGGAAAAGGACGUAACAGAUUUUCUAGUACUGUCUUACCUCCGAAACUUCGAGCAACUACAUCGAAUCGUUCAUAUUCCUACUUUUAACAAAGAAUAUGCCGAGUUUUGGGUACCGAACUGUACUCAUCAUUCUAACAUGACGGCACUAAUUCUCUCUAUGAUAUCAAUCUCAAUAUGCAUUCCCGCCAGCUACAACAGUCUCACAUCUUCUCAUCACCAAAUAGCUCCAGGGCAGUGGAUCUCCGCGUGUGACAAAUGGUUAAAAGGCGAAGUUCAAAUGGCCAAAGAAUGGUACAAGGAAACCAGUUCUUUACUUCAAAAUGCAAUCAUGGAUGGGCUACAUCGAGAUCCGAUUUCAAGUAGCGAUACAAUCUUUACGCAAGAGAUGAGAAGACGAAUGUGGGCUGUCGUUCGCGAACUCGACUUGCAAAGCUCAUUCGAGACUGGAAUACCAACUCUCCUGAACACAAUCGAUGCUAGAACUGGUACCUCUGAAGACAUUGAUGAUGAAGAGUUUGACGAAACCUCGAAAAUACCUCCAAUCUCAGGUUCAUUCGGCAGACAUACCCGAACAUCUUAUCAAAACCAUAGCUCCCACAGCUGGGGGUUGCGUCUAGACGUAUCUCGCCGACUUUUUGCGACAGGAACACCAAAAGUAUUGAGCUACGAUGAAGUCUUACAAUUAACCCAUCAAUUGACCCAGGAAAUUCACUCCCUCCCAGGUUGGGAUGAAAUCGAUUCCAGGGUAACAGGCCAUGCCUGUUCUCCUUUUCUCACUCAUGCAUUCUUACAUUUCCAGCUUAGUGAGUGUAUUAUAGCUAUCCAUCGACCCUAUCUCAAGAGAGAAGAUUGCAAGUUUUGGCUUUCUGAAAAUGUUUGUUAUCAGAUAUCGCGAGAUAUACUUUUGCUCAAUUUAAAACUGAUAAGCACGGGUGUUCAAACUGUAACAUUGCUCCGAGAAGAUCUUUUGUUGGCUUCAUUAACGCUCACUCGUGUCACUUUGCUACAGCAUAAAGGCUCAAGUAGUGUUAUCAUGAGCGAUUCCACUGCUAUCAUUGAUUUCCUCAAGCAAUGCCUUCCUACUAUGGGCAACAGAUAUCUUUAUGGGUUCCAUAAAGAGCCUUGGUGUUUUCUGACUAUGGCUACAGCUAUCGCAUUACUCAACAUACACGCAGGAGAAGGUAGUCCGGAGACCGCCAAGCUCAAUGUUUCACGGAGUUUUUCAGAUCUACAUCACAAGCGUAUCGAAAACGAACGUCAUAUAUCCAUUUCUAGCCAGCAGGAUUCCAGUCCACGAAUGUCCGCAGAGCACAUUGAUCUUGGUGGACAAUCUGCUGCGCAUAAAGCCGCAGAAUUUUCGGCUUUCUCGUGGUUGAACAUUUCUGAUUUUGAAAGUGAUUUUUUUGAUCUGGGAAUGGACUUAGAUAGCAUGUGGCAGUUGUAG